UUACGCAGGCUUGCUAGAAAAUUAUUUUCGUCACAGCAAGGAUGAACGUGUAGAUUUUCAACGGGGAGAUAAGCGCGAGGACGAUGCAGUAGGAUUACCAGAAUGUAAGAAAAAAUCGUUUUGCUAUAUUGCACUAACUUAUAGUUCAAACAAGUUUUGAGUACUACGAACGUCUAAAAUUCUGAGUAGUUCAGCUGAGGGGUCAAUUUUGAGGAUUUUGAACCCCCCAGCAAAAAUACCCGGGUAUUUUGGGAUCGGUUUCUUUGAGAUCUUCAGCGGACUUUAAAGGAUAUUUUAGGCACGACUUUAAGGCCGCAUUUACACUAUGACGCUACGGCAAAUUUACCGUAGCGUAUAGUGAUUUGCAUGCGGAAUGCCAAGCGUAGUGGUCAGUUGUUAAUACGCUACAGGAAACCACUCCGAGUAUAUUGUCAACACAAUACUAGGAAACGUAUGGUGAAUUUUUAAGGAAACUGAUUUGUACUCAGAGUGGCAAAUGUAGUGGUCCGUAGUUAUUAAUUACGGCAACUGAACCACUCCGUCAUCUCCGUUAUAGUGUAAACACAAUAUGUCUCAAUACUACAGAAACGUGGUAAAUUUUUAACGGAAUGUUAGCCGUAGCGUUAUAGUGUAACUGUGUAAACGCGGCCUAAGAUUCUGAACGCAGUCUUUGCAUAUUUUUCAUGAGAUUGUGAGAUUUUUAGCUAUUUCAUGUGUGGGAUUUUUAGCGACGGUUCGCGUGAUUUCAAGAUUUUUCGAACGAUUUUUGGGGAGUGUACCCGAGGAUUUUGGAGUGAUUCACAUUCGAGUCUGGGGGCUGUUGUAGGAAAGCUGGAUAGCUCCAUAUUCGCCUGAUUAUACUUUAUAAAUUAAACUUUCUUUUUAUUAUAAUUGUCUUGUCCAUAUAUAUCCGUAUAGUUUUAAGUAUAGCACUAUUCGACCAUCUCAAACUCGUUAAUAAUUCUGGUGAGUAAAUCAGUCAACCAAAUUGCUUUACUUUGCUCAUAUGAUUAUCAUUCACCCCACUUUAAGUAGUGAUUUAUUCGUAUGGAUGUCAUUUCAAACCCUCGAAUUCGGACUGGACUAGAUUUCAAUUCAAGUCCUGGCAUUUUGAUCCAGCUAGUACUCGGCUUUGGCUCGGACUUGAUCAAAUCGCGCGAACUUGAAAUCUAGUCCAGUCCUCGUAGUCGCGGAUUUGAAAUAUUACUUCGUACAACCAAGCCCAGCUCUUUAUAUCUUUAUACGAAGAUACGUCUCAUUAGAUUCUUUUCAUUUCAGUUUAUUUGUCAUUACUGCCUGAUGGAGAACGUUUGGCCUAUAGCAAUAACCCCGAUUAUCAAUACAGGCGAAUGUCUUUUGAACCGAGGUACUAUAUCGGAAAAAAUCUUCUGCGAUUCCAUUUGUCUUACACUUCUGCCGACUUUUUGCUCGAACCGGCUGUUACAGUUGAUGGGAAAAAGCAGCAAUUAUACGUGGAUACAGAUUUGCAUCUCCGCAUGGCAGAUAAGGACGGGAAAAACAGUGAAUACGAAGAAGUCGCUCUGCAUUAUAAUCCAAAUAAAAGGAGCGUUUUCGUUACUAUCUGCAACCCUGAUUUCCACAUUCGAGCCUUGUGUCUGGCGAAGGAUGUGGCGAGGGGACGGAACGGAGCUGCAAAGCUUUCAACGGAUUGUAGCAAUAAUUACUCUGUGGAGAGAGUUGCAUGAGUGAGUGCUUUCUCGUUCUAACAUUUUAGAUAUGAUCUAUAGCUAGUUUAUACAUGUAAAAUCUUAAUUAGUUAAUGUUAUUCCAUGCUGGACAACUGCAUCAAACGAAUGGCUUCUCUUUAGAAGUGACACAGUAAUGGCCAGGGCCUCUUUUAAGAAUUUCUCAGUAGGGAGGGGGGUUGGGAUGUAGACCCACCUUGAAGUUGGUGAACUGGAAAAACGGUACUUUUGGGGGUCUGGGGGGGGGGCCUUGACUUUCGGACUGUGCAGCCAACAUGGAGCUGGGGGGACUUGCCCUCUCCAGUCUUUUAAUUUAAAAGGGGCCCUUGCAAUGGUAUAGGUCCACACAGGCUUAGCGUUUAAUACAUGAAGAAACAAGAAAGCCGUAUUGGCUGAACAAAUACCUAUGAUGUUGGUAAAAUGAAGCUGGUUUCAUUAUUUUCCGACGUAUAUGCAUGUAGGCAACCUCGUACCCAGGCUCUUUCCACUACGCUGUACUGGAAAGUGUCUGGCUACGAGAUUGGCAUGUACUGUAGGACCGAGGCAACUGAUUUGUGAGCACAUAUAUGCUUAGUGCUGGAAUCAAACCCCAGUCUGUGAAGUAAUAUGUGCAAUCAACCACUAUAUUGCCGGUAAUCUUACCUUAUUUGCUCAUGAUCAUCCUAAUGUGUACAUUUUUGUUUUAUUUGAUAACUCUUUCAUUGUAUUUCUAUUUUGUUAUUUACAGCCGGUGAAUUGAAGACUUUAAAGUUCUGUGACUCGGACUUUUCUUUAAGUAGUAAAAACAAUAGACUAGUACUAGUAACAAACAGCUGUUAUCGAAUUCGAUGUUAAUGUAAUGGAGUUACGAAUAAAUAUUUUUGUUCUUGGCGCGUGUUAAUACGAUUAUUGUGUCUACCGGAGGGAGGUGGGGUGGGAGGUUAAUUCGCAUUUUGUUGUGCAGCUUAAAAACCCAGGUGCUUAGUACGAAAUCAA